UAGUAUAAGUCUCUAAUUACACUGUAUCAUUCAAUUAAGUUUAUUCCGCAAAUUUGACAUUCACUACAAAUAAUCUGUAAAAUAAAAUAAAUUGUGCAGAUUUCUAGUUCGUUUGACAAAUCAGCAUAAUUAUUUUCCGUUUCUUUUACAAUUUAGAUAAAGCACUGUCCGGAAAUGGUGCUUGGAAAAUCCAUUUGUAAUCUAAGAUUUAAACAUCAAGAUUUUGAGUAAAAAGAACUUUUCUUGCAUUUUCUAAGAAGGUACGGGGGAACUAGUAAAACAAGAAUAUCUUUACAACACAUUAUAUUUGUCCAAGGUUUGAAAUUAAUUCAAUCCCAUCUCCUGGCAAGGACCUUCUUCAUCCUGCUAUAUGGGGAGGGGGGUAACGGACAUAUAACUUUGUUAAAGAUCCUGUAACACAUUUUUUCAUGGUUUUAUUUCAUGAAUAUGAUGCUCAAAUUAAGAUUUGUCAAUAUUGUAAGUCCCAAUAAGCAUUAUUUUUAAAGAUAUUACCGAAUUAAACAUAUCUUGUAAAUAAAGGGAGGUAAUUUGAAAUUUAUAUUCUAUAAGUUCUAAGUCAAAUUUUCCAAUAAGAAAUGAAUGCAUAUAAUCUAUUGAUUAAAUAUUAUGUGCACAAAUAUUUGCAGUACACAUUUUACGUAUUCUUCGAUGUUUGAAAAUUGUUUUAUAUGCAUAAUUAUAUACAUAUAUAAUUUUUUGCAAGUGUGAUAUACACACAGUAACAAUAUCAAUCACAAAACAUACAUGAUCUUUAAAACAAUCAAUGCGUUUCUAUAACGCGGCUGAUCUCUACUUUUACUUCUUUAAUAUGUAUGUAUUUUCUUGUCAGGUGAUUGUACAGCGCCUCCUAGCGGUCAAGAGUUUGUCACAUGCUCAAGGAGCAGCACUGAUGGCCGGUUUUAUAAAAGUUUUACCAUUAUUUAUGAUGGUGAUGCCGGGGAUGAUCAGCAGAGUUCUCUACGCUGACGAGGUUGCAUGUGUUGACCCACAAAUAUGUAACUAUGUAUGUCAAAGCGAGGCUGGAUGUAGCAGUAUAGCUUAUCCGAGACUUGUCCUCGGUAUCAUGCCAGAAGGUUUACGUGGUCUUAUGAUGUCGUUGAUGAUAGCGGCUCUUAUGAGUGACAUUGACUCGAUCUUUAACAGCGCCAGUACCCUGUUCACUGUUUAUGUUUAUACUAAAAUUAGAAAGAACUGUUCUCAAAGAGAACAAAUGUUUGUAGGCAGGUAAGAUUUAUACAAGUUAAAUGUUGAUGCUGCACAUCAAAGACGCCGCCAAAUGAUGUGAACAGUCAAUCAGCAUAGAAAAUCGUUCUCUUUUACAGUUGAAUAUCCGAAGAACAAAUUAAUUUUAACUCCCAUGUUCUUGGUAUGUGCUCGUUGUUUAAUAAUCAAGUUGCAUAUUUUUGUGAAACAGUAGAACCUAAUGCAUAAAUUCACAUAAAUGCCAUGUCUGAAAUUCUAAAAUAUUUUUUCUGUUGCGACAAAGAUUGAACGUCUGUUCGAAGCAAAAUAAAUUGGAUAACAAGUAAAAAUGUAAUGAUUGGUUUACUUAAAAUGAAUUCAAGACAAUAUGUGCCGGGAAUUGCAUAAUGUUCGAAUGAUUUUGAGGACGAACUUUUCUGCAGUGAUCUCCCCUUACUGGCCGUAGCGUAACGAGUUUACGGCUGCGGAAGAACCGCCUCUCUGUUAAUGGGCGUGGUUUAGGCUUUGUGAUUUGUAAUUUAAUGAUUCGACAAGUGAUAUUGAUAAAAAAUUCCCUUGUUCCCUUCCGCCUCGUCAACGAAGACUAAAUACUGGCAUACGGAGCAUCAUUUUAAAUUUUUGCGACAAUUUAAGGCAGAGCCGAACUUCAACAGAGGCGGAGCAAAUGAAGUAAGUGACACUGCCUCAGUCGUAACCUCUUUCUAGAACGAUCGGCUAUAGACUGGCUCAUUGGCACGUUAUUUAUUAUGUAGAUAAAAUUAGAUAAUGAUAAAAACGUUUCGUGAAUUUUACCGCCACUCAUGUCGGAAUAUUUUAACAGUCAACGCAUUAUCAAUUUUAACCAGUUAAGGAAUGCAGUUAAAAUGAUACCAGAAGAUCAGUGUACAGUAAAUAGAAUAUUCACCAAAAUAUUUAGUAUAUCACAUGCAAUAAACCUGGUCCUGCUUUGAAAAUUAUUUGAUAUUCUAGCUGUUUAUUUAAGCCAAAUUUUAUUUAAAUUUUAUUAGCAUAGUUUUGUAAAGUUAUUAUGAAUGUUAUCAAAUAUUUUCUUACUGUUGUUAGUAUUGUCAAAUCAAUUUAAUUUUAUAUUAUUGUAUGAUUUCCUGUAUGUAAACUGUGCAAACGUCUUACGGUGAUACAAUAUGUUAUA